GCUCAGGAGGUUGUCAGUUGGUCGUCGUUGGAGAAGGAGGAGAGCGGGAGGCACGCUGCACCCGUGUACCCUGUGAACGGACAUAAAUUCCCCACGUACAGCCCUAACUAUCGGUCUGCUGACGACUCCGGGGUCCGGUGUCUGACCGGGGCUCUGUUCAGGAGGUGAUCCGUAAGUGACUGCGGCAGGCGGGGUUGAGAUAUCCGUCUCUCCCUCAACUCUAGAUAGAGGCUGCCCGACGGGUGUGAUGCAGCGACUUAAAGCCCGUCCCGCGUUUGAAAGGAGGCGCUAGAGGCACAAAUAGAUGGAGGACACCCGCACACCGGGACAUGUUUACAGUUUCUAUGGUGAUGGGUUUCAGAGCGGUUGUGAGGGCGUUCAGCCUUUACGUCAUCCGACAGCGCCUUGCUCCGGGGUCCUGGGCUGGCGCCGCAGCGGGCGGGAGACGCACACACAGCGGUGGGGAUAUAAGUUUAAACAAGAUGGGAACGACUUGGACGUCGUGGCUGAUCAUGCAAAGAAAUAUGAAUAUGGAUUCCCUAUGUGGUUUGGAAACUUCUUUGCUUCACUCAUGGUCUGUCACCCAGACUAUGCUAAGGCCAUUCUGUCCCGGCAGGAUCCAAAGGAUAACUUUGUCUAUGUCUUCAUAACACCAUGGAUUGGGAAAGGGCUGCUGGUGUUAGCGGGGAAGAAAUGGUUCCAGCACCGCAAGCUGCUGACUCCGGCCUUCCACUAUGACGUCCUGAAGCCGUAUAUCGGACUGAUGUCAGACUGCACCAAUACCAUGCUGGAUAAAUGGGAGAAGCUGGUCCCCGAUCAGAAGCCGCUGGAGCUCUUCCAUUAUGUCAGCCUCAUGACCCUGGACAGCAUUAUGAAAUGCGCCUUCAGUUACGAGAGCAACUGCCAGAAUGACAGUGAGAAUGAGUACAUCAAAGCGGUGUAUGAGCUAUCCUACCUGGUGGACCACCGGACUCGCUGCUUCCCCUACCACAAUGACCUCAUCUACUACCUGAGCCCACACGGAUUCCGCUUUCGGAGAGCGCUCAACUUAGUGCAUCACCACACAGAUAAAGUAAUUAAAAAGAGAAAACAAUCUAUUAAGCAGGAGACAGAGCUUGAGAAAAUCCAGCAGAAGCGACACUUGGACUUUCUGGACAUCCUGUUAUUUGCCAAGGAUGAGAGCGGGCAGGGCCUGUCCAAUGAGGACCUGCGGGCGGAGGUGGACACAUUCAUGUUUGAGGGACAUGACACCACAGCCAGCGGGAUUUCCUGGAUAUUAUACUGUAUGGCCAAGUACCCGGAGCACCAGGAGAAAUGCCGGGAGGAGAUCAGAGAGGUCCUGGGAGAGAGGAACACCGUGGAGUGGGAGGAUCUGGGUAAGAUGCCGUACACCACCCUGUGUAUUAAAGAGAGUAUGCGCCUCUACCCCCCUGUACCGGGAGUGGCUCGUGAGCUCAGCCAGCCAAUCACCUUCUGCGAUGGAAGGACCCUGCCCAAAGGUACGACUAUAUUCCUGAGUAUAUAUACCAUCAAUAGACACCCCAGCAUGUGGGAGGAGCCAGAGGUGUUUAACCCACUGAGAUUUUCAGCAGAGGAAGCCUCCAACAGAAACGCCUACAGCUUCCUGCCGUUCUCAGCCGGACCCAGAAACUGCAUUGGACAGAACUUUGCCAUGAACGAGAUGAAAGUCGCCGUCGCCCUGACGUUACAGAGAUUUGCGCUGAGUCCAGAUCCGGACAAUGAGCCUCUGAAACUACCGCAGUUAGUGCUGCGCUCUGUGAACGGCAUUCACCUGAAUCUGAGAAAAAUACAGAGAAAAUCCUGAACCCAGGAGACUUGUAUAAUUGCAUACACAUCGCACCAGAGAGCUUAAUAAAUUAGUAGGAAUUGA